AUGGCAAGCAUGAGAAAGACACAUGAUGAUUAUACCAUCGCCUGGGUGUGUGCCUUGCCGCUGGAGGCGGCUACAGCUACAGUCAUGCUAGACCAAAGACACCCUCCACUCCAACAGCCACCAGGCGAUGAUAACGCAUAUGAACUAGGAGAGAUCUCCGGUCAUAAUAUUGUCGUGGUGCACUUACCGGCAGGAGUGUACGGUACAACCUCGGCAGCAACCGUCGUUGCCCAAAUGCAAACCUCUUUUCCCUCGAUCCGCUUCGCUGUCCUCGUUGGUAUUGGGGGAGGGGUUCCCAGUGCGAGUCAUGAUAUCCGGUUGGGCGAUGUCGUGGUCAGCCAACCGGCCGGGCUUUCGGGCGGGGUGGUACAAUAUGACUAUGGGAAGACUAUUAAUGGUGGAUUCCAACGCACUGGAAUGCUGAGUCCGCCUCCGCAAAUUCUAUUGACCGCAAUGGCUCGACUGCAGGCCGGCGAGAUAGAAGGGCACAAUCCGAACCUAGUAGAGGUGGUAUCGAAUCUACUGGCCACCAAUCAUGAGAUGAAAGCCCGAUGUUCACGGCCAACGGAAUCGGAUCAACUAUUUCAGGCGACAUAUACCCAUCGGGAUGGUGAAGAAACUUGUAUUUCCUGCGAUCCGAGCCAACUGUGUCCCCGGAAUCCUCGACAGCCGAGUCAACCACGGAUCCAUUAUGGAGUGAUUGCGUCUGGGAACCGGGUCAUGAAGGACGGGCGGAUUCGAGAUCGGCUCGCCAAAGAUAUUGGAAUGCUGUGCUUUGAGAUGGAGGCUGCGGGGAUCAUGAACCAGAUUCCGUGCCUAGUUAUUCGGGGCAUCUGCGACUACUCUGAUUCACAUAAGAACAAGCACUGGCAAGGAUAUGCAGCGCUGACUGCUGCCGCUUAUUGCAAAGUGCUGCUGUCUAUCGUACCAAUCAGCCAACCUCGGAGGAACCCUGAACCUCCAAGGGCGUCGUGGAUGGUUCCUUUUGCACGCAAUCCACGAUUUUUGGAACGCGAGAAUCUGGUGCUAGAGUUAAAGCAAGCCAUCGUCGAACAACGCGGUACACGGAAAACGGCCAUUGCUGGCUUGGGCGGAACUGGAAAGACUCAGAUUGCACUAGAACUGGCGUAUGCCCUUCGGACCAGCAAUCCUGAAAUCUCCAUUUUUUGGAUUCCAGCGAUAAACACCGAAUCGAUCGACCAGGCAUAUAUCGAGAUAAGCGAACAUCUGGGACUCCAAGGUGUAUCUCAGACAGAUGUGAAGCCACGAGUUAAGACCUACCUGAGCUCCCAAAACGCAGGUCCCUGGCUCUUAAUCAUCGACAACGCGGAUGAUAUGGAAAUUUGGAAGUCAUCUUCUAGCUCCCCCUCUGGGCUAAAGUCUUUUUUGCCAUUCAAUGACUGUGGCUUCAUCCUUUUUACAACCCGAAAUCGGCAGCUUGCAACCCUGCUCGUUGGCCCAGAAGUGAUCAGCCUUGGUGAGAUGGACGAUAAGACGGCAUCGAAUCUUCUCUUCGGUUCGCUUACUCAUAAUGACGCCGACCAUCGCGAUCGAAUUGCUACCGAACUUGUCCGUCAGCUGAGUGGCCUACCUUUAGCCAUCGUACAAGCAGCGAGUUACAUUAAUGAGACUGGAAUCUCAUUGGAAUCGUAUUUGAGCCUUUUGCAUGAGCAGGAAGAUGUCCUGCUAGAACUACUUAGCCAGGACUUUGAGGAUGAUUGGCGAUAUCACAGGGUACAUAAUCCUGUGGCGGCCACAUGGCUGAUCUCUUUUCAUCAGAUCCAGCGAUCUAACUCGUUAGCGGCCGACUAUCUCUCUGCUAUGGCCUGUAUUCAUCCACAAAACAUUCCCCGGUCACUACUUCCGCCAGCGACUUCUAUUAUCCUACAACAAAAGGCUCUCGGUCUUCUCAAGGCCUAUUCGUUUAUUACAGGAGAAGACCAUGAUCGAUUCAUCCAUCUUCACCGACUAGUUCACCUGGCGAGUCGGAACUGGCUGAAAGCACAAGAACAACUCAUGAAAUGGGUCAAUCACAUGUUCAAACGAUUAAGUGAAAUUUUCCCGUCCAGCGCACAUAAAAAUCGAGCCCUCUGGCGUGGAUACUUGCCUCAUGUGCAGUUCAUCUUACAAAGCCAGGAGUUUGUUAUUGAUAUCCGGAAUCAGAGUGACUUCCUACAGAAUAUUGCAGAAUGUCUGUGUCGUGAUGGAAAAUAUCACGACGCUGAAAUUAUCUUUCAAAAACUUCUCAAAGCCAAGAACACAUGGCGUCCACCGGGUCAUGAGGAUGUGCUUCGCUUGUGGAUGGCAUCGACGUUAAGGAGUCAGGGGCGGUUUGCAGAGGCAGAACAGAUGUUUAUGCAAGUAGUGGAGACAAGGAAGACAAUGCUAGGGCCAGAGCAUCCUGAAACACUGACUAGCAUGACUCAUCUGGCAUCGACAUUCCGGAAUCAAGGACGGUUGACAGAGGCGGAACAGCUAUUUAUGCAAAUAGUGAAGACAUCUAAGAUAGUACUGGGGCUAGAGCAUCCAGAUACACUGACUGGCAUGACUCAUCUAGCAUUGACAUUUCAGAGUCAAGGUCGGUUUGCAGAGGCAGAACAGAUGUUUAUGCAAGUAGUGGAGACAAGGAAGACAAUGCUAGGGCCAGAGCACCCCGACACACUGACUAGCAUGGUUCAUCUGGCAUCGACAUUCCGGAAUCAAGGACGACUGACAGAGGCAGAACAGCUAUUUAUGCAAAUAGUGAAGACAUCCAAGGUAGUACUGGGGCCAGAGCAUCCAGAUACACUAAUUAGCAUGGCCUACCUAGCAUCAACUAUCUUUGAUCUAAGACAGUUGACAGAGGCAGAACAGCUGUUUGUGCAAGUAAUAGAGAUAUCCAAAACAGUGCUAGGGCCAAACCAUCCUAAUACACUGAUUAGCAUGGCUAAUCUGGCAUCGACAUUCCGGUAUCAGGGAUGGUUAAUAGAAGCAGAACAGCUAUUUAUACAAGCAGUGGAGACAUUCAAGACAGUGCUGGGGCCAGACCAUCCCGAGACAUUGAACUGCAUAUGCAGUUUAUCAUUAACAUUAAAAGACCUUGAUCGGGGUUCAGAAGCUUUAUCAAUGCUUGAAACAUGUGUUCGACUUCAGAACCAACGACUAGGAUCAUCCCAUCCAUACACUAUCAGAUCUACCGCGGCUCUAGAAGCAUGGCAAGGCAAACAAAUUCCCGAGGAUCUGUCACACACUUAA